AUGGACGCAGAAACGUUCAACCAGCUCGUUUCCUUAGGCACGUGGGACAAAAUUGUCCCCGAGUGUAAGAGGUUAGCGCUGAUUGGAAAAAUUACAAACGGAGUUCUCGGUCAAGCGUACGUUGUCCUCACCGCGUGUAAAAACCAAGGCGAAGACGAGAACGUUCUGAAAACUCUAGAAAAUAUCAUUCAAUUACUCACGCAAACACUUUUGCAACUGGAAGCGGAUUCGCCGUCCAAACGCGCUUUGGACGAAAUGAUGACGUUAAACCCGGACGAAACGUUCGACGGCAAAGCGGCGUGUCGAGAAAUCACGGAAAGACUCGACGCGAGCGUCGACGACGUCGUCUUGGAGUUGCAAAAGUUUUUAAAGAACUGCGAGUUGCAAGACGCCGCGUUCGAACGAGAUUUAGCGUUGGCCACGGAAACGGACAAUCGCGAAGAGUUCGAUCGACUGACCGGUUUAGUCGCCGCCAAGUUAGAGGCGAAAAGGCGGACGUUGGCGAUCUUAGGCUACCUCGAGAUCUCUUAG